AUGGAAGAUGUUCCAAGUGAGUCUACAACGAACGAUGUCGACGAUAGUUUAGCCACAAAGACGGCCACAAUAGACGAUGACAAUGUACUCGGAAGCAUGACUGGCGACAUUCUCGACAAUCCACUUCUGAUUGAUGAUGUCUCGGACGAGUCUGAUACGGACAAAUUUAUGGGCUCCGACAGCGACUUUUUGAAUGAAAUACCUGCCAACUUCGCCGGUUCCAGCCCGACUGACACUGAAGGUGUCUUUGACGACAGAAAUUCAGACAAUGACUAUGGGACUUUGACUGAUGACGUGUCCAGUCCGGUUGACGUCGUCUCGAAGAAGGACGCCACAAAUACGGGUAAGCCUCCUGUGAUUAGUGGAUCUUCUCAAGAUGAAGAUAGCCCACUACAAUUUGAGUCACCUUUGGAGGAUGAAAAUCCUACACAGCUACAGCAGUAA